AUGUUCAAUCCGGAUGCUGCGCGGCCAGCACGGCGAAUCUAUGUGGGCGGUCUCCCGCCUGAAACCACCGAUGCGGAUCUGCGCCAGUAUAUCAACGAGCUGAUGGUGAGCACUGGGGGCUGCGCGGCCACAGGCUACCCCAUCGCCUCCUGCAAAAUCUACACGGAGAAGUCAUAUGCGUUCCUGGAGUUCCGGUCUGUAGAGGAGGCCUCCAACUGCAUGGCCUUUGACGGCGUCGCAUUCAAGGACUCCUACCUCAGGGUGAGGCGGCCGAACAACUAUGACAUAAACGUGGCGGUGAUGCUGGGCCCCACAGACCCGGACCCCACCAUGGAUGUGUCCAACCUGGACAUCGUGAAGACCGUGGUGCAAGAUUCCCCCCACAAACUCUUCAUAGGCGGCCUGCCCUGCGACUGGACCGAAGACCAGGUGAAGGAGCUGCUGCUGCCCUUUGGGUCACUGAAGGCGUUCAACCUGGUCAUGGACAAGAACACCGGCAACUCCAAGGGCUACGCCUUCUGCGAGUACCAGGACAUCGGGCUGACAGACUAUGUCAUCCAGAACCUCAACGGGAAGCAGAUCGGCAACAAGUUCCUCACCGUCAAGCGCGCACUGCAGCCGGGACCCGUAGCCUUCUGAGCUGGUGCCCCCCCCCUCCG